AUGGAUGUUUCUUCCAAGCAGAUAGAAAUCUGCAUCCCUGAUGGGCUUCUAAAUGGUCCCAUGAUGUGUCGCUGGAUCCCCGGUGGGCGAGGGGGUGGCAGGGAUCCUUCUCUUUCAGCUCUGAUAUAUAAGGACGAGAAGAUCACUGUUAACCAAGAUGUCCCAGUGCAUGAAGGGAAGCCUCAUAUUGUCCACUUCCAGUACAAGGUCACAGAGGUGAAGACCUCCUCCUGGGAUGCAGUGCUCUCUAACCAGAGCCUCUUUGUGGAAAUCCCUGAUGGAUUAUUAGCUGAUGGAAGCAAAGAAGGGUUAUCAGCACUGUUGGAGUUUGCUGAAGAAAAAAUGAAAGUAAACUACGUCUUUAUUUGCUUCAGAAAAAGCAGAGAAGACAGAGCUCCACUCCUGAAGACAUUCAGCUUCUUGGGCUUUGAAAUCGUGAGGCCUGGUCACCCCUCUGUCCCAUCACGGCCAGAUGUGAUGUUCAUGGUGUACCCCCUGGAUCAGAACUCUUCCUCUGAUGAAGAAUAGCUGCAGCAGGGGACUCCAGUGUGACCUGAAAAUGCCGUUGAGGGGAGAGAGGGUUACAUCUCCUUUCUUGAGGAAAGGGAAAACAAGCUUCUGUUGGACUGAAACUGCAUUUCUCAUUAUUAGAUUGGCCUGUGUAUCCUCAGAGUUGACUAUCUCAUUGAAAUGUGUUACCUAGAGAACUAUAUAUACACACAUGUAAUCACCAAAUAGUAAAUGGAAGAUGUUUCUGAACUGGCAUAGGAGCUCCUGAUGUGGCUGUGGGGUGAUAGCCUAGGGAGGGGCACCUGGGCCCACACCUGCCAGGUGAGCACAGCAGUAGAUGCAGAAUCAACUCCUUGACUUCCCUAAUCCCACGUUGGUCCUGACCUGCACUCAGCUGACAAAACUACCUUUUUCUUUUCACUCAGA